GCUAACCCUAUUCCUCUCCUCUCCUGCACCACACACACUCACACACACUCACACUAACACACAGGGUGACACACACAGCAUGCCUCCGUUUGACAAGACCCAGGUGCCGAGCAAGUCCUUCAAACUGAGGAAGAGCUUCGCUACAAGGAAACAAGAGGUGGCGGCGAUCAGGUCGAAAUUCCCCAACAAAAUCCCGGUGAUCAUUGAGUGCUAUGAGAGGGAGAAGUAUCUGCCUCCUCUGGAUAAAACCAAGUUCCUGGUGCCGCAUGAACUCACCAUGACUCAGUUUGUCACCAUCAUCAGGAACCGCAUGGCGCUGCUGCCCACUCAGGCCUUCUACCUGCUCAUCAGUAACAGCGGUCUGGCCUCCAUGUCCCUCACCAUGGCUCAGGUCUACAAAGACCACCAGGACGAGGACGGCUUCCUCUACAUGACCUACGCCUCACAGGAGAUGUUCGGACACUGACACACAGAGCUCCUAGCUUUACAUUUUAUUCAGUAUUAAAUGGCUGCUGCUGCUGCUGGCCUCCGUAUCUGCUGUAAAUAGAAAAAAACAUGUUGUAUUUAUUGUAAUAUUUGUUACUGUUUUGGGAUUUUAAUUAAAGUAUGUGGAUCCAAUAAAUCUUAUGUAAAGAAUGAC